ACAUACUCAUCACACAUUGGUCUUUUCUCCAAAAAGAGAAAGGGGGAAACCGGGACCAGGCCAGCAGGCCAAGAACACCACGCUGCUCUCCCAACCUUAGUUCACGAGAGGCUUUGGAGUGGAAGAGAGAAAGAGUAGCAGUCCUGGCAUCCGACCUGUCUCCUGCUUUCCCUCGACUCGAACAAAAAACUGACAAAAGCAACAAAGUGAAAGUGCGGUUUGGUUUGGCAGAUAAUUAUUUCUGCUGUUUUUUUCAUCAAUUCAUUCACAUUUUGUCAAAGUGAAAGUGGAGAAAGUACACAAAUUUUCCACUCCGGGGAUGAUUAACUUGUACCCAAAACCCUGUGCUGCCCCUCGCAACAUGUAUUUGGUGACAUCUCGAACUAAUCGUAAGGUUUGAAUAGCCGUGAUAAUCGUAAACUGCGUGUUUCUCUAGUUAUAAAAUAAUACUGGACAUUACUUCCUCCGGGUUGGAGGGGAUGGUAAAAUUGUGUUACAAGCCAAGUCAUUACUCAGCAGAAGACCGGACGGAUGAAUCAUUUUCGGCAUCAUAAAAACUGUCCCCUGGGCAAGACAUGAACCAUCCAUUAAGUUUUUGAAGCAAUUUCCCCUCCCACGAAACAAGGACGACGACGACGGAAUGGAAUGAGAGUGUGAAUGACGACCAUCAUAAAUAUAGCUGGAUAUUUAUUACACGGGGAAAGUAGGACGACGCAAAUGCAGCAAGAUUAUAAAAAAAUAUUGCGAAAUUUGACUUGAUAACGUUGUAUCUCGUUUGUCUUAAUAAAGUGACCUUUUCCUCGCUCUUCUCCUACUUUUUGGAGAAAGGAAAGUCAGCAAAGUAAACAUCACACCUGACGUUAAAUGCCAUUAUGAAGGCCAAGUAUUGACACGGCAAAAGGCAACCUUGCUCUCGUCUCAGAUAUCCUCCCCAACAAUCGACCCAUUUUGCAUCCACAGGUUUCCAUUUCACUUCAAGGCCACAAAAGAAAAGAAGAAUCGUCCAACAAAAACCUUGCCAUUUUGACGACUCAUUCUCUUUCAUUCAGUUUCAGUUCAAAACUAAAUCUCACAAUGAUAGCGAGUGAUACAGGAAAAUGGCCCGACUCAACAGGGGAGACGAACCAUUUAACAAGAUGAGUGGAGCCGUUUUAUGCCGAGAUGAAAGUGAAAAUAAGGCGGAUGUCGUCGUCCGUAGUAAUGGAACGACCCAACAAAAGCACCAUCAUCACGAAAAUGAAAAGUAUCUCUGAAAACGACCCGGAUAUUUGAGACGGAUGCUGUGCUCCUGUUAUUGUGGUUGGUUGUGAAUAUUUAAAAAUAGUGCUGGAUGUUUUUUUCUUUGUGAUACAAUAAUCCCACCUGGUCGCAAAGUGCAGUAACCAUUGUUUUGCUACAGUAAAGCAUAAUUAUUAUACUCAUCUCUUCUCGCAGUUCAAUUUGGGCGAAAGCAGUGUUACAUAAAGUGAGAUAUAACUUGUAAUUUCAAGCAAUAAAAUCUCUCAGAAAAUAAUGAAAACAAGUUUUUGUACUUGUGUAUCCAUCCCAAAGUUUCCGAAACUUAUUGGAUUUCCACUGCAGUAAGAGUGAGUUAAGUUAGUUGUUCCUCUCUCCUGAAGAUUUUUGGAGUUUCUACAAGAAAACUAGUCUUUCGCAAUGAGAAUAUGAUUACGAGAGAAUUUUCUCAAAAGUGAGUGAAAAUCCGGAGCAGUGAGGAUUUUGCAAUGAUCCCUGACGAAGUUGGGACGUGAUUCUUGUCACCAACCACCCGUAAAGAAGUAAGUCAUGGAUCUUCUCAACCUCAUCAACCACGGCUUAUGACGAUGAUGCCAGAGAAAUGUGUAAGCAGCAGCAGCUUAGUCGCUCCUCCUCGAGUAUAAGGAAGAAGAGAGAAAACUCAACGAUGACAUUUGAGGUGCUGCUGCCAUUUUUUCUCGGCUGCUGUGCCCUCCUUCCCGUCAUGAAUCCGGUGAUUGCUCAAUAUGUCUCGUACGCGACGCGAGAUCCAGUCAAGAUUAGCACUGAACUGAGUGAAAAGGCGGCGUUGGACGAACUACUUCACAAGUCACAGUACGAUCGAAGACUCCUUCCACCUACAAUAAGUGAGUUUCAUACAAUAAAUUCGUUAGCGGUGAACGUGAGCGUGCUUUUGCUAACUUUAGCCUCUCCGGAUGAAAGUUCUUUGAAAUAUGAAGUAGAGUUUCUCAUGAACCUAUUUUGGUUUGAUCCACGUCUCAAGUUCCACCUGUUCAACACGACGGGAACUCAUCUCGACGUUACGUCCGAGUAUCACGAAGCCAUUCCAAUGAGGGCCAACCCACGAAGAAGAGAUUAUCUGGACGCCCUGCACCAUUUCGGCAAGGUUUGGGUGCCAGACGUAUAUUUCGUUAAACACGGAGACUUCAGGACUAAUCUCGACCCUGUGAACGUCGCUCUCAGAAUAUACCCCAAUGGCACCGUCCACUUUACAACACGCCGCCACUUAAUACUCUCGUGUCAAGGGGAGCUGGGUAUCUUUCCGUUCGAUGAUCCUCUCUGUGAAUAUAAUAUUGAAAGCAUAUCACACGAAAAGGAUGCUUUGGAAUUCAGGUGGCAAACGAGGACGGGAGUUCUGAGGAAAUCACCGAAUUUAUCUUUUCUCAACGCAUACCUCGCCCAUAACGAGACCAGCUACUGCGAGUCCUCACAUUGGCGUGGGAACUAUAGCUGUCUGAAAGUGAAGCUCAUCUUCAACCGUGACAGAGCCUAUUACUUCACGACCGUUUUUAUUCCUGACAUCAUCUUGGUGACAUCCAGCUUCAUCACAUUCUGGUUGGAAUGGAAUGCUGUACCAGCCAGAAUCAUGCUCGGCGUCACCACCAUGCUCAAUUUCUUCACGACUAGCAACGGAUUUCGUGCCACUCUUCCUGUCGUGUCCAAUCUAACAGCGAUGAACAUAUGGGACGGUGGAUCUAUGCUGUUCAUCUACCUUUCGCUUUUGGAAUUUGUGUUUGUUAACUACAUUGGGAGAAAGAGGCCAAGGCCACCGUCAGAUUUUGCAGACCAACCCACAAUCCAGCUGAAUAAAAUAGAAGAUAAUGCUGCAACGACGCCAUCUGGCAAUCGACCAAUUGAUAUGGUCACCUGCACCACUUGCUCGACAAGCAACACGCCUUGCACCCAUCCCGCUAACAAUGGCUGUGCUCCUCCUCGAUUUCGUCGCCGGAUAUUGUCAUCCCCGAUACAUCUCGCUAAGAGGAUAGACGUCAUCAGCAGGGUGGUCUUCCCCGCAGCGUAUUCCUGUUUCCUGAUCUAUUUCUUUCUCGCCCAUCGAGCCUUCAUAGGCCACUCAAUUCGUGAAAGUGAUUAAGAAUGACGUGGAUGUGACCAACGAAACCAACCAAUCAACCAACUUUCUCUCGCUGAUGGCUAAAUUAACGGAUGCGGAAGUGAUGAGUCUCCAGCCCAGCAUAUUAAUAAAGCAGACCAGACUUGAAACUAUGUGCAUCUAGAAGAUAACAAAAAGUCGUUGGGAUUCCUAUGAUACGACGCAUGUGACAAGUUUCGAGGUAUUUUGCAUACUUGAUUCACACCUCGUUGUCUUAAAUAAUUCGAAAAAGUUUGCAUCAAGUUUGUGGAAAGAGUUAAAUAUUAUGCAUUUUUGCACAUAUACAUUUUCGGAAAUUAUCACACUUUAAUUACCUUUGGACAGAUUACAUAGUAAAAUUGUGCACUUUACCCGUUGCCUUGUGUCAUUUCACGAAAUAUUCAACUUUUUCCACAAUUCUACGUAGAUGAAAUCUAUACAGAAAUUAAUGGGCCCAAAAUUUCAAGUUUUACUUAGAACACCAUAUUAUAAAACAUGUGAUUUACAGAAUUACUUAUCGCAGAUUUCAAAACUAAACUCAUUCUCAACUUUUAUCAAGAUAUGUAUGGUGCUUCAUACAUGCUGUAGCAUAAGUCGUAAAUUUAUAACCUGUCCCAAACUGAUAAACAACCCAAGAAAAGCAUACGUGAUUCUAGAGACAAAUUUAGAACGUUAAUAAAAUCGGUACGUACGUAUGUAGUAAGUAGUUUAAUACGGAUACCUUUAGGUGCAUAGGUAUGGAUUAUUGGACGAAUUGAGGGCCAUGCAGGCAGGCAGGAGCUGGUGUAAUAAAAUACGGUAAAUCUCCAUCUAAUUCUACCCGAGAAAGUCAAGCAGACUGGCAAAAAGAGAAAAUAAAUAAAAUAAAUCAAAACUUGUUGGAUUGCUGAAUUGUCAAAAAAGUCGAUACGAUGAAACCUAACGCAGCCGAUGAGUCGUAAAUGAAAUAUUAUUAAACUUUAUCAUACUCACAAAAAUAUAGGAAAUCCUUAAAAAGUUAUCCCGAUAAAUCUCAUAAUACAUCAUCAUUUUUUAGAUGAUCAUACAUAAUUAUGUAUCACGGGGUAUGUAAAAUUUACAAAAAAUGCUCUCUUCCGUUCUUAAGGAAUUCUUUAUAAAUAACAUAACAAAUCUCAAGUAAAUAAUAUGUAUACCUUUAUUUGAGUCAUACAUAAGUACAUGAUAUGAAUGCGUAUGUAAUAAAAAGUAGGGUAAAAAAAGUCGAUUGAUUUUUAGUUCGUAGAAAAAAGAUGGAAUGUGCACAACAUCCAUAUUGAAAGACAACAAAAGUGAAUAAUUGAACAUAAAUACAAACAAAUAAUAUUUACCAAGUAAAUAAUUAAGUAAAUAUUCUAGAAUAUAUCCAUUUAUGUAAAGUAUGUAAAGGAAAAUAUCAAUCAUUCCGAAAUAAUAAAAUGAUUACACCCAAA